AUGCUGUGUGGUAAGCUGAAGAAAGACUUCCAAGAACUUCUUCAAGAUGAUCACCGCAGCACCAAAUUCAGGAGGAUACUAAUUGAUCAAUGUGAGGAUUCCUUCAAUGCAAACUUGGAGCCAAUUGCUGUUCCUCCUGGUCUAAGCGAAGAUGAUGCUUAUGAAUUUGAACUUAAUUAUAAAAAAACUAUGACCGGUAAUAUGAUAUUUGUCGGUGAAUUAUUGAAAUCUAAGAUGAUAUCCCAAGCAAUAUUAUUGGAGUGUAUAGACAGGUUAUUGCAGAAACGUGCUGAAUGUAUUGCUGCUAGUAACAGCAAGGAUCAAGGAAUUCAUCAUGUAGAGGCAUUAUGUGCAUUCUUACACACUGUUGGACCUUUCUUUGAUAAUCCGCAGUGGCGUUUAUAUGGGGAGUUUUGUCGUCGUAUGGAUUUGGUGGCUUCUUUAGCUAGUGAUUCAUCUCUUCCUUUUCGUGUUCGUUGCUUAAUGUCUGAUGUCUUGGACUCUCGUGCUGCUGGUUGGCGUAGACACCCUGCACAUAAGCAGGAGGGUCCAGCAACAUUAGAGGAGUUGCAUGCACAGCAGCAGCAGCAGCAGCAGCAGCAGCAAAUGCAGCAGCAACAAAUGCAAUCACAGAUGGGUGGAGGUGGUGCUGGAGGCAGCAGCAGCAGCAGCAAUGCUUUUGCUGGUCUAAGAGAUUCACAUCGUGCACUGCAGCAAGAAGAAACAGGUUGGGCUGUUGCCUCAGGAAGAAGAGGAGGAGCAGCAGCAGGAACAGCAGCACAUCCUAAACCACCACCAGCUCCUGCAUCGAAUUCUCUCUCUGGAAUGGGAGGCAGCAGCCAGUCGGCAUUCAGCCAGUUAGGCCGUAUGCGACAGGAGCGUGAGAGAGACAGGAGACAGCAGCAGCUAGGAGGAGACCUAAAGAGAGUAGUUGGUGGAGAGACAAAGAGAAGUGCAGCAGAAGGAGAAAGAAGAAAGAAAAGAACAGAAACAAGCAGCACGGCAACGACCAGCAGCAGCAGCAGCAGCACAACACCAGCAGCACCAGCACCAUCAUCAUCAAGCAGCAGCAGCAGCAGCAGCAGCAGCAGCAGCAAUAUAGAUGAAGAACAAGCACGUAUUGUUGCUCGUCGUGAAUUUAGUGACAUUGUUUGUCUAACAACAGAAGAAGCAGUUGAUGUAUUCACCUCCCUCUCUUAUGCAUCACAAGAGGCACAAAAGGUGUUGCUGCUGGAGUUGCUGCAGAUAGCAGCAACAAAAUUUGCAUCGGAUAAUCAGCAGCAGCAGCAACAAAGAAAAACUUUCUUUAAAUUUAUUGUCGCCCUCGCCUCUUCUCCUUCCUUCCCCCCCGACACACUCAAAAUGGGUUUGCGGGAGUUUAUGGGUUUAAGCGGAGAAGGCGAAAGUCUUUACAAGGAUUUGUUGAUUGAUACUCCUCAUCUUCCUUCCUUUAUUAAACAAUUAUUAGAUACUAUUGAAGCAGCAGCAGUAGCAGCAGCAACAAGAGCUGGUGCAGCAGCAGUGGCAGCAGCAACAACAGCUGGUGCAGCAUCAGUAGCAGCAACAACAACAGCUGGUGCAGCAGCAGCAACAACAACAGCUGGUGCAGCAGCAGCAACAACAACACCUGGUGCAGCAGCAGUAGAAGUAGCAGCAGCAAGAACAGCUGGUGCAGCAGCAGCAAGAAACCAUGCGGGGGCAGCAAAAACAGCCGCUGCAGUAGCAGCAGAGGCUGGACAGGGUUUGGGGGGAGUAGACCAGGAGCCCCCAAUGGCGGUGUCUCAUGGGCGACAGCGGCGGUGUCUUGCAGAGGAAGAGCUGGUGGUGCUGCAGCAGCAGGACGAGCAGCAGCAGCAGCAGCAAGUAGAUGGUGAGGGGGAGUUAACAGAAAAACAGAUGUGGGCUGCUGCAGAGGAGGCGCAGCUGCUUGCAAAUGCAGCAGCAGCAGCAGCAACAGCAGCAGAUGCAGCAGAUGCAGCAGAAGAAGCAGCAGAAAAUAAUGAUGAGGAUGCAGCACAGAAGUUUGCUGCUGUAGCUACUGCAGCAGCAGAGGAGGCAGUAUCCCUAGCAGCAGCAGCAGAUGAGCAGCAGCAACUAGACUCUACAUCAGCAGCAGCAGCAGAAGAAGAAGGAACAGCUCUACAACUGCAGCAGCAGCAGCUAGACCCUCAGCAGCAGCAGCAGCAGCAGGAGCAGCAAAUGCCUAAAAAAAUAUUUGCCCCAAGAAGCAUCCGCUUUGCUCAUCCAUCAUCAGGCAAAGCCAUCACCAUUUACUUUCAUAAUGCCUAUGAGCCAUUUGAGGGUUUAAGCUGUUCGUCUUUAUCCUCUACUCCUGACAUUUGUCGUCAACAUCCUCGUUGUUUUUAUAAUGAGGGUUUAGAGGGUUUAGACGAGGGUUUAGGGUUUAGUAGUUUAGGGAAAAAGUGUUUAUUAUCUCCUGGUUAUCUAAAUUUAGCAUCUACUACUCUUUGUUAUAGAACUGCAGAUCUACCACAAACCCUAAACCCUAGCCCUGUAUCUAUAAGAGAGUUACAGGCAGUAACAGAGGAUUUAUUCGAAGAAUUCGCCGUAAACCCUAAACCCUUCCUUGAUGCCUUUGAUCCUAAUCAACCUGAUAGCCGCAGCAGCCUCUGUUCUCUUGUUAAGGAAUUAGCAACAGAGUUAUUGAUGACGGAGAGAAAUAUUCAACCCUUGCCUGAGGAUGCAGAGGUGCAAACCCUAAACCCUGAUGAGGGUUUAGGUGGAAAUUCUAUCCAUAUUCCUGAUAAAUCGAAUGCAAAAGUACGAAUUGGUAUAAAUGGCUUUGGACGAAUUGGUCGACUUGUUUGCCGAAUUGCUAUGCAGAGGCCGGAUAUG